AUUCAAAAUCUUAUCACCACUUGCCAACUUCAACUAAUAUAUAAACCCUUUAACCUCUCUCUUUUCUCUCAGCUUGAGGUUCCCUUCUUCAAAGAGAACACCAAGCUUGAACAAACUUCCAAACUCAACAACUCUAAUAUGCAUACCCUUACUCCCUCAUCUUUUAACUCUCUUACCUAUCUGAACCGGGUUCAACCCUCGCAAAACCGGGUUGGUCCAGCUCGCUUAACUGUAAAAUGUGGAUACGGUUUAGAGUUUUCUAAUUUGACGCACGGACACGGUGUCGGCUCAAGCCGAGGUGACUGGCAAAGCUCCUGCGCCAUCUUAGCCAGUAAAGUAAUUUCGCAGCUAAAUGACUCUCCUACAGACGGAAACCACCAUGUCAAUGCCGUCAACGGUCAGUCAAACGCCGUGACGGAUCUUCAACUUGUUCCUAUUGAAAACAAGCCGCUUCCUCCAAAGCCGCUUACCAUCACCGAUCUCUCUCCGGCUCCGAUACACGGUUCACAGCUACGCGUUGCGUACCAAGGUGUUCCCGGCGCGUACUCAGAAGCUGCCGCUGGUAAAGCUUAUCCAAACAGCGAAGCCAUACCGUGCGACCAGUUCGAGGUAGCGUUCCAAUCGGUCGAACUCUGGAUCGCCGAUCGAGCCGUUUUGCCAGUUGAAAACUCUCUCGGUGGUUCAAUUCACCGAAACUACGACCUCCUCCUCCGCCACCGUCUUCACAUCGUCGGAGAAGUUCAACUUCCUGUUCAUCACUGUCUCCUCGCUCUCCCAGGAAUCCGAAAAGAAUACCUAACACACGUGAUUUCGCACCCACAGGCAUUAUCACAGUGCGAAAACACGUUAACAAAACUAGGUCUCAACGUAGCGCGUGAAGCCGUGGAUGAUACCGCCGGAGCCGCGGAGUUUAUAGCUGCAAACAACCUCCGUGACACGGCGGCCAUCGCAAGUGCACGCGCGGCAGAGCUGUACGGAUUAAAUAUAUUAGCUGAUGGAAUCCAAGAUGACCCGAAUAACGUGACCCGAUUCGUUAUGCUGGCCCGAGAACCCAUAAUUCCGCGAACGGAUCGUCCUUUUAAAACGAGCAUAGUGUUCGCUCAUGAUAACGGAACUUCAGUGCUUUUUAAAGUGCUUUCCGCGUUUGCGUUUAGAAAUAUCAGCUUAACUAAGAUCGAAUCGAGGCCUCAUCGUGGCCGUCCGAUUCGCGUCGAAGAUGAUGAAAGUGAAGGAACAGCAAAACACUUUGAAUACAUUUUUUAUAUUGAUUUUGAUGCUUCCAUGGCUGAAGUUAGAGCACAGAAUGCACUUGCUGAGGUUCAAGAAUUUACCUCUUUCUUGAGAGUUUUGGGAAGUUAUCCUAUGGAUAUGACACCGUGGAGCCCUUCUUCUACUUCUCACUGAGAACAUUAGCAAUUUAGAAUUAAUCUAAAACAAAAAUUAAAAUAUGAAAUGUGCUUUAUCAUAAGAAAAAUAAUAUUCCAAAUUGUUUCAAUUAAUCCCUUUUAGAGUUUUUUUUUAGUUUGUUUGCUAAGUUGAAUAUAAAUAAAUGUUUUUUAAUGGGAUUUUCAGACGAAAUAGAUUUGAGAAGAGAGUGAAUGAAUGUACAUGGUACUUGAGUUUAGGGUUGGUGAUUGUAUACUUUCAGUCAAAAAAUGAUGCUGAAGUUAGGUGCUUUGAUUAUUAAUAUUGUGAAUCUGUAUCCCCUAAACAUUCUUAGAUAUAUUUUAUGUUGGGUGUUUAUAUGA